GGUUCUCUACAUUUCAGCAACAGAUGCAGGCCCAGCAGGCCGCCCUACCCCACGCGGGCCACGCUCCCCCCAUCCCCCUGGGCCCCCACCCGGCGCUGCCCGGGCUCCCCUCCCUCCCACCAGCCUCUGCUGCAAGUCUGCUGUCGGGGUUCACGGGGUCGCUAGUGGGCCCGGCCAACCACCCGCUCUCUCUCCUCAGCUCCAAACAUCUCCUUCACCGCGACGACAGUACCCGUACCUCAAUGUUGGGUGGGCGGUACCCGUGCUCCCCAUCACCCCGGUGCCCCAACCCCGCCCUUGACACCCACGAUGAGGAGGCGGGAAGGGCCUCGUCCUCUUCCUCCACCGCUGGGGGGGUUCGACCCGCGCUAAGGUCCCCCUUCACACCCGCAGAAAGACAUAGAAGCAGCAUCUCCCCCAGCGCAGGAGACAAGUACCGAGGGCGCUCACCGGAGCCAGAACCUAAGAAGAUAAAGAGAGAAGAUGGCCAUGAUAGAGAUGGGGAAAAGAGCGAGCAGGAGUUGGUAGUGGACGAUCCCCAGGACUCUGUGAGCCCGGCGGUCAACGGUACCACCUCCCCGCGGGAGAACGGCGUCUCUAAGAAGACGCCGCCUCUUGGCUCCGUCAGCCCCAGGAGCUCUGGCAGUUCGUCCUCCACGCCCCAGGCCAGGAAGGAGGACAAGCCCGCCACGCCCAAUUCCAAAGCGCCCACGCCCACCUCCUCUGGCGCCAGCGCGGUCAAGCCCGUGGGCAAGGCGGCGCCAUUACCUGGCGUCGGGUCCUACCCUCCGGGGUAUCCUCUACCUGAAGCCGCCGCCGCUGCCGCCGCUGCUGCCGCUGCCGCCGCCGCCGCUGCCGCAGCCGCCGCCGCAGGAUCCGGAGCGCCCUACCCAUACCCGAGGCCGCCCGCGCAUCCGCAAGCCGCCCCGCCCUCGUCCCUGGACAUGCAUGGACGUACUGCCUCUCUGCACGCCCUCCAGGGCGGGAAGCCGGCGUACAGUUUCCAUGUGAACGGCGAGGGACAGCUGGCGCCGGUACCGUUCCCUCCUGAUGCGUUGUUGGCGCCGGGCAUCCCACGGCACGCUCGGCAGAUCAACACCCUGCAUCACGGUGAGGUGGUGUGCGCCGUCACCAUCAGCAACCCCACCAAGUACGUCUACACGGGCGGCAAGGGCUGCGUCAAGGUGUGGGACAUCAGUCAGCCCGGCUCCAAGACGCCCGUCUCCCAGCUCGACUGUCUGCAACGUGAUAGUUACAUUCGGUCAGUGAAGCUGCUGCCUGAUGGGCGGACGCUACUGGUGGGCGGCGAGGCGUCCACACUCAGCAUCUGGGACCUAGCGACGCCCACGCCCAGAAUCAAGGCGGAACUCACCUCUGCGGCACCAGCAUGCUACGCCUUGGCCAUCAGUCCGGACUCGAAGGUGUGCUUCAGCUGUUGCAGUGACGGCAACAUUGCCGUGUGGGACCUGCACAACCAAACGCUAGUCAGACAGUUCCAGGGCCACACAGACGGGGCGUCGUGCAUCGACAUCUCCCCUGACGGCACCAAGUUGUGGACAGGCGGCCUGGACAACACAGUCAGGUCGUGGGACCUACGGGAGGGUCGUCAGUUACAGCAGCACGAUUUUACCAGUCAAAUCUUCUCCCUGGGUUACUGUCCCACCGGCGAGUGGCUCGCCGUUGGCAUGGAGAGUUCCAAUGUGGAGGUCCUCCACGUCAACAAACCGGACAAGUACCAACUCCACCUUCACGAAUCUUGCGUCCUCUCCCUCAAGUUCGCCUCGGCUGGCAAGUGGUUCGUGUCGACUGGGAAAGACAACUUGCUCAACGCGUGGCGCACCCCCUAUGGUGCCUCCAUCUUCCAGUCGAAGGAGUCGUCGUCGGUGUUGAGUUGCGACAUCUCUGCGGACGACAAGUACAUCGUGACGGGCUCCGGCGACAAGAAGGCCACCGUCUACGAGGUCAUCUACUAGACCAUCAACACUUCCCGGAUUUGGGAUCGGAGUUUCCCAAGCUUGAAGUCCACUUCAUCAGCUUUAUGGCAAGCUCUUGAGCCGAGACUCACGCCAUCAGACCCUGGAGGGUCCUUGGCCAACUUGUCAUCGUUCAAAGCUUUAAUUAGAUUUUCUGUGGUGAGAAGUCAUCGCUGGAGAUCCAAUAGGAGUCAAGUGACAUUAUCCGUGUGGUCCCUUACAGCUUCACUGUUUUAAAUUCACUUGUACUUGUCCAAAAUUAACAUUUAAAAUAUCAUAAAAUAUUUAUAAUAAUGAUUUCUCUAUGAACCUCAGUGAGGAAUCAUUUUAAGUAUAGUGACUUGCUCACCAGAGGUCAGCACUAGGAAGUAGCGAUCACCAAACACUUAAUGUCGACACGUGACUGUCACCACGUCACCCACCGCCACUCUCCUCAUCCUCGCCCGACAGUUCCAGGCUUUGAGGAUUUCCCAAACUACAAGAUCUCGUUUCAAAGUUUCUCGAAUUGUGUGGAGUGACUCGUCUAAUAUCUCCUACACUGAGUACUGAGUACUGUGUACUGAGGAUGGCACAAGAGGAUGUCAACCAUCCAGUACUGUGCUAAGAUGUGCUCAAACGUAUCCAGAAGCGAGAUGAAGCAAGCCGUGUUGAACCUUCUUGUCACCUAGGUAUCAGAAAAUAUAUCGUAACAGUAUGCUGGAGUGAUGAAGAGUUAAGGUAACGAGACUGUGGAGGCGAGUUAUGUGGUGUGUGUGUUGAGGGCGAGUGGACAUGGCCCGAGCCGUGUUUACAGCGGCGGGGGCCGCCCCACACUCCCCCGUCACCACCAGGGGGCCGCCCCACACUCCCCCGUCACCACCAGUGGACCGCUUGUCGCAGGGACACUGAGUGAGCAGGAACAAGGAAGGUCAAGAGUGUCGGGGAAUGUCAAGCUGAUGGCAAGUCAGAGUGUGGGAAGCUGGUGCAGUGUUGUUGGCUGAGCAAUGCGUCAGGUGAGAGUGACACUAUACUGGGGACACUAUAACUGUGCUUCACAGUAUUGCUCAAUACAGACAUCUGGGAAAAUGGUUGUCAUAGUGCAAACAUGAGAUGCAAGAAAGGAGAGUGUGUGGGCGCAGUGAUUGUGAAAACACGCUGUAAUAUGACACGUACAAGCAAUACCUAUUUUUGCACACCAAUACUUGUGGUGGUGAGGUGGGGCCGCCGAGUGCUCCUGGCCGCGCCACUCUCAAACAUUGUCAACUGCAGAAAACAUACUGAAAAACACACAUUAUUGGGCAUGAAAUAUAACCUGUGAACCUCGUGAUGGUGCUUGCGGGUCAUUAGCCUUAAUAAUGGCAAGAAAAGCCUAUUAUUAAGAUUUUGUUUAUCUUGGUGAAACAAAUUAAGUCAUUCCUCACCAGACGAAUAGAAAGUUGUUUUGGGGCGAGUGUUUAUAAUUAAAAUUAGACUAGCAGG